UGUGUGUGUGUGUGUGUGUGUUUGGGCAGGGCUGCAGUGAAGCGCAGCUGAUGUGUGUGAUUCUCUGACAGACGCGCUUGUAUUUUGUAUCUUGUGUUUCAGUGGAAAUCGGUGAGAUAUUUUGAGCUUGUGAUUUCAUCCAUACGUGUUCAUGACGGAACCGCGUUUAUAUUUUAUUCAUUUGUGGAGACCGCAGAGAUUCGCUCCGUGACUGACAUUAUGCGCUCGGUAACCGGGGGAUGCUGAUGCUGACAUUCCCAUCUUCCACCAUCCUUCUGAUUUAACCGGAAUACUGCGCUCAUUUGUUAUCCAUUCAUCUCAUACGGAGUCAAUAUGUCCAUGAAAUCAAAGACCGGCGAGGCGGUGAAGGUGGUGGUUCGGUGUCGCCCGAUCAACCGUAAAGAAGAAUCGACGGGUUAUGAGAAUAUCGUGCAGAUGGAUGUGAAACUGGGCCAGGUGGCUCUGCGGAACCCCAAGGCGGGUCCGGGAGAGCUUCUCAAGACCUUCACGUUCGAUGCGGUUUACGAUGCGUGCUCGAAACAGAGCGACCUGUACGACGAGACGGUCCGGCCGCUCAUCGACUCGGUUCUGCGCGGCUUUAACGGCACCAUCUUCGCGUACGGACAGACGGGAACCGGGAAGACGUACACCAUGCAAGGGCAGUGGCUGGACCCCGAGCGCCGCGGUAUCAUCCCGAAUUCAUUCGAGCACAUAUUCACGCACAUCUCGCGCUCUCAGAACCAGCAGUACCUGGUCCGGGCCUCGUAUUUGGAGAUCUACCAGGAGGAGAUCCGUGACCUGCUCACCAAAGACCACAGCAAGAAGCUGGAGCUUAAGGAGAGCGCCGACUCAGGGGUCUACAUCAAAGAUCUGUCCUCCUUCGUCACCAAGAACGUGAAGGAGAUCGAGCACGUGAUGAACGUGGGGAACCAGACCAGAUCGGUGGGCUUCACCAACAUGAACGAGCACAGCUCGCGGUCGCACGCCAUCUUCAUCAUCACGGUGGAGUGCAGCCAGCUCGGGCCAGAUGGACAGAACCACAUCCGCGUGGGCAAACUCAACCUGGUGGACCUGGCGGGCAGCGAGCGACAGACCAAGACGGGCGUCCAGGGUGAACGUCUGAAGGAGGCCACCAAGAUCAACCUGUCCCUCUCUGCUCUGGGAAACGUAAUCUCUGCGCUGGUGGACGGGCGAAGUUCUCACGUGCCAUACCGCGACUCCAAACUCACGCGGUUGCUGCAGGACUCGCUGGGAGGGAACGCGAAGACCAUCAUGGUGGCAACGCUGGGACCGGCCUCCUACAAUUACGAGGAGACCCUGACCACCCUGCGUUACGCCAACCGUGCCAAGAACAUCAAGAACAAACCACGUGUCAACGAAGACCCCAAAGACGCGCUCCUGAGGGAGUUCCAGGAGGAGAUCGCCCGGCUGAAAGCACAGCUGGAUAAACGCGGGAUGCUCACCAAGAGGAAGAGGAGGAGCAGGAGACUGAGGAAGAUUGGAGAAGGCGGCGAGGAAGAGGUCGAAGAGGACGAUGAUUUUGAAGAUGAUGACGGAGAGGAAAGUAUGGAGAAGGAGGCGCAGGAGUACAUGAAGGAGCAGCAGGAGAAGCUGGAGAGGGAGAAGGAGGCCAUCAGAGAUGACCAUUCUUUGGUGGCGGAGGAGAAACAGAGACUCCUGGAGGAGAAAGAGAGGAUGAUGAGACAUCUGAAGAAGGAGCAGGAGGCCACAGAUCUCCUCACAGCCAAGUUUAAGGCGAUGGAGAGCAAGCUGCUGGUUGGUGGGAAGAACAUUAUUGAUCACACUAAUGAGCAACAGAAGAUGAUUGAACAGAAAAGACACGAGAUUGCCGAGCAGACACGCAGAGAGAGAGAAAUACAACAGCAGAUGUUGGAUCAGGACGAGGAAACAUUAGAACUCAGAGAAACGUUCUCCUCACUGCAGCAGGAAGUGGAAGCAAAGACCAAGAAACUCAAAAAGUACAAGAAGCUGUAUGCGAAGCUUCAGUCUCUGAAGGCUGAUAUCCAGGAUGUGAAUGAUGAGCAUGUGAGGAGCCGACAGGAGCUGGAACAAACACAGAAUGAACUGACCAGAGAGCUCAAAUUCAAAUAUCUGAUCAUAGAGAACUUUAUACCUCCUGAAGAGAAGAAUAAAAUAAUGAACAGACUUCAGUUCGACACUGAGGAAGACCAGUGGAAGUUUCAGCCUCUCGUCCCGGCAGAGAAUAAAUUCACUCAGAUGAAGAGAAGACCCGUCUCCGCUGUGGGAUACAAGCGACCAAUCAGCCAGUACGCCAGGGUUGCCAUAGCGAUGGGAGCUCAUUCCAGAUACAGGGCGGAGAAUAUAAUGGUUCUGGAACUGGACAUGACUCCUCCAGUCGUGUUUCAGCUGGACCUCCCGAGGUCCGGAUCAGAUGUGGAACCAUCUCGAGAUGUUCUGCUGGACAACAGCAGUUACAGAGAGAAAUCAGCGUCUGGACGGGUCAGAAAAUCUCAGUCAUGUAUGAAAGUAGGCAUACUUGGCCGCAGCGAUGGUCAAGAUGAUCUACUGAAGUUCAAACUGAGCAUCAGAAUGGGGAAGAAAGGUGCCAGUCUCCGCAAGUCAUUUCCUCCUCAAGCUCCGCCCUCUCUCUGGCAUCCUCAGGGUCCCACAGCUUGCCACACCCACAAAACAUCACCAUGGCAACAGCCCAGGAAUGAGACUUGGAAUUACCAUAUUACCGCCCCCUGUAAGGCAUAAACAAGUCAAUCAAUCCAACAUAGACAGAGGAAGACGGGGCGAGACGAACCGUCCGUCACCAUUAACAAAGACUGGAGCGAUCAAACCUUCAACCAGAUGGAAACCUGCUCACGAUCUGAUCUGCAGUUUGAAAUAACAGUGAACGUGGGACUAGACCCAUUCCAGCCCAUCAGGAUCAAUAAAACGAUCAAUAUUAGUAAAAUUAUUCGCCCUUUCCUUCUCUCUUGCUCUCUGCUCCUCAGGACAGUGAAGACACUUUGAUUACUACCAUCAACAGCACUGAAUAGUGUUGCCUCACCCGACACCUGAGGCUAGUUAAGCUAGUUAUGCUCAUUCAUUUUGCUGCUUCCAAAACCGUCGGUCAACCUCAGCGUUUACGUACUGACCUGCACGGGUCCGAUCCAGGAGUAGAGCCACACACACCUCGAAUGAUGGAAGCUAAAACGGACGAGGCUUUGCUCACCCUGAGCUUUCACUUCCUGCUGUAAAGAAAAGAGCUGAGCAAGAGGAACGUCUCUCUUUCUAUCUGCAUGUCUUACUGUAUGUGUGUGUCUUUGUGAUUCUGAUCAGGGUUCUGGACGGGAGGCGGCGGAUUGGCUGGAGGAAGGAUCUACAGGGUUCCCACGAGCUCAUGGAAAACCUGGAAAUGUCAGGGAAUUUGAUUGGUUUUCCAGGCCUGGAAAAGUCAUGGAAAUGAAUAAAAUGUUACAAGUUAAGGAGAUUUAAUUUAUGCAUUUUUUAAUAUAAACAUAAUAUUAUAUGAAUAAAUAUAUAUAAACAUAAACAUGAAACAGAAUUGUAAAAAAAAAAAAAAAAAAAAAAAAGUAUGGUAAAAAAAAUACUGUUUUCAAACAGGUAUCAUAAUAUAUAAUGUGUGUGUGUGUGUGUGUGUGUGUGCAUAUACAAUCACCGGCCACUUUAUCUGGUACACUUUCUAGUACCAGGUUGGACCUCCUUUUGCCUUCAGACCUGCCUUAAUUCUUCGUGGCAUAGAUUCAACAAGGUGCUGGAAACAUUCCUCAGAGAUUUUGGUCCAUAUUGACAUGAUAUCAUCACACAGUUGCUGCACAUCCAUGAUGCAAAUCUCCCAUUCCUCCACAUUCCAAUAGUUCCUCUAUUGGAUUGAGAUCUGGUGACUGUGGAGGCCAUUUGAGUUUAGUGAACUCACUGUCAUGUUCAAGAAACCAGGUUGAGAUGAUUUGAGCUUCGUGACAUGGCGUGUUAUCCUGCUGGAAGAAGC